AUGAUAGAAGUCAUAGGUAUUGCUGCUAUUUGUAUUGGAGCUAUAGCUGUAGCAAUUAGUGGAUUAGCUGCUAUGGCAAUUGCUUUUUCUCCAGUGGUAUCAUCUCCACAGGAUAAAUAUACAAUUGAUGAAGACGAAUAUCAAGAUCGUCUAAGAUCAAAUUAUGAAUCUGUAUUUAUGUACACUGGAUUUGGUGUUUUUCCACGAGCUCAUAUUCCAAGAUCUUCAGUUAAUACUUGA